AUGGAGAGUCAUACAACUACGGCGCCGUUCCUGUCGCUUGAGGUACAAUCAGCUUCUACUGAAGCAACGUCAUCAUCAUCAUCUUAUACAGCUUCCAGUGCGUCCGCCACAAAUGACUCUGAGGUGUCUGAUGACUUUUCCUUUAUUGGGAGCACGCCGUCCACAGUAUUGUUUUUCAUUGCGUUAGCUGUUGGUGUAUUUAUUGCAUUAAUAUUUGUGUUUUUCACAAUUAGAUACUUUAUGCGAUCCAAAUAUGGUAUUGCUGUUUCUCCAUUGGGUAGAAGGAGUCCGUAUACACCUUCAACGUUUGGUAAUACUGGUGCUGGUCACAAUCAUGCAUUCAUACAUGUCUUCACUCCGGAGGAGAUUCAAGAACAAUUGAGUUUUAUGCGGGAUCAUAAUCAAACACGAGCUAACAUCAUAGAGGAAACUUUGGCGUUUCGAGAAGGACGCUAUUUACGGGAAAGAAGAAGAAAUGGUAGACGAAGAAGGCGGAGGAGAAGAUUCAGCAAAAUGAAGAAAUUAACUGUUGAAGAGGUGGAAAAAUUGUUUCCGCAAAAGACGUAUUUCGAUUGGUUGAAUGGAGGUAAGGAGAGAGACGUGGAAAAGAGAGAUGGAAUGCUUAAGGAAGAACCGGACGAACAGGGUAUAAUUGAAGUAGUUGGAGGAGGUACCGAUGACAAUAGAUCGGUCAAUACAUUAUACACUGCUCAGGAGCAAGCAGGAAUUGACCUAAGUAAUGAUAUCGAGAUGAAACGGAUGGAUGAAGCGGUGACAAGGGUGGAAACUGACAAUGAUAUCACUGAUGAGGAUCCUAAAGUUGGCACUACUGCGUCCAAAGUUGAAGCAGUUGAACUGUCACUGGAAAAGCGCACCCAAACAGAAACCGUGACUCACGGUUUACAUUUCGAUUCUGGAUCUUGUGCAAUUUGUUUGGAGGUGCUCGAGGAUGAUGACGUUGUACGUGGUUUGAUUUGUGGACACGUGUUCCACGCCAUUUGCCUCGACCCAUGGUUGACUAAAAGGCGUGCUUGUUGUCCUAUGUGUAAACGUGAUUACUUGUUCAAGAGAGACUACCAACAAGACAAUGAGACAACUGAAGGUGUCAACAAUGACAAUAAUGGACAAACAAAUGGAAAUACCAACAAUGAUGCUGAUUCAUCAAGCGGUAAUAACGAUAGAGCAGAAGAUGAUGACGACGGCGACAAUGAUGUCGAUCUUGAAAGUGUUGAUCUUGACGAGAUUCAGCGCGAUCCUGCUCUUCAAGCAUUCCUCCAAGACUUGAUACCGAUGUCAGAAAGAGCGCGCUUGGUUUUGAACGAUCCCCAAUAUGCGGAUAUAAAUCUUGAACAAAGAGCCAACGAAAUGACGAAACAAAAGUAUGGAAGGUUUUUCAAGAUAAUUGUUUGGAAAUUAUUGGGUAUAAAUAAGCAAGAUUUGUUUUACUGGUCGGUUUUGACUAUAGCGAGUCAGCAUCGACGUGCUCAACAAUUGGAAGAACUACAGCGGUCCGGGUUGGCAAAUGUGGGAACUUCCAAUACUUCUGAAUCCGGUGUCGGUGCAGGUGACAAUAACGAGGUUGCAAAUAAUGUGACAGAUCAACAUGCAGAAAACCACCCAAUAACUACGUCGAACCGUGCAUAUGCAGGCCAUGCAGAGGUUGACUUUGCUGAUGUUUCUACAAGAGAAAUAGUCGAGAACCGAGUUUAA